AUGGAGCUCUACCAGCCGGUGGAGGAGUCGGGGGGGCGGCAGUGUGUCAAAGUCUCCAGAGUCCUCAUCAGAAGAUCAAACCAGCUCCAGAGUCCUCAUCAGAAGAUCAAACCAGCUCCAGAGUCCUCAUCAGAAGAUCAAACCAGCUCCAGAGUCCUCAUCAGAAGAUCAAACCAGCUCCAGAGUCCUCAUCAGAAGAUCAAACCAGCUCCAGAGUCCUCAUCAGAAGAUCAAACCAGCUCCAGAGUCCUCAUCAGAAGAUCAAACCAGCUCCAGAGUCCUCAUCAGAAGAUCAAUCCAGCUCCAGAGUCCUCAUCAGAAGAUCAAACCAGCUCCAGAGUCCUCAUCAGAAGAUCAAACCAGCUCCAGAGUCCUCAUCAGAAGAUCAAACCAGCUCCAGAGUCCUCAUCAGAAGAUCAAACCAGCUCCAGAGUCCUCAUCAGAAGAUCAAACCAGCUUCAGAGUCCUCAUCAGAAGAUCAAACCAGCUUCAGAGUCCUCAUCAGAAGAGUGUUCAGCCUCGAUUGACAGCUUGGCGGCUCAGGAUCUAGACGCUCAGUACCCGGACCUGGAGCACUCCAAGACCAUCUACGUCACAGAGAACGGGCCUCGGCUCUCCGUGGCGGCGGAACCGUUGAAGGUGGAGUCGAGGCGAGGAGGGAACGCCACGCUGCCGUGCAGCAUCCGCAUGGACCAAUCACUGACUCGCCGGAAGAUGAGGAUCAAAUGGACCAAGCUGACGGCAGACUACCUGAAAGAGGUGGACGUGUUCGUCGCCAUGGAUUACCACAAACGGAGUUACGGCAGCUUCCACGGACGCGUCCACCUGCAGGGCUCCUCCCCCAUGGACGCCUCCCUGGUCAUCACGGAGAUCACCCUGGAGGAUUAUGGGAGAUAUAAGUGUGAAGUCAUCGACGGGCUGGAAGACGGAACGGUGUUCGUGUCGCUCGACCUGGAAGGCGUGGUCUUCCCCUACUUCCCCCGCCUCGGCCGCUACCUCAACUUCUACGACGCCGAGCGGGCGUGCCGAGACCAGGACGCCACCGUGGCCUCCUUCGACCAGCUGCACGAGGCGUGGCGAGGGAAGCUGGACUGGUGCAACGCCGGCUGGCUGAGCGACGGCUCGGUGCAGUACCCCAUCACCACCCCCAGGGAACCCUGCGGGGGCAAGAACACGGUUCCGGGGGUCCGAAACUACGGCCUGAGGGACAAAGAGAAGAAACCACUACGACGUGUACUGCUCACUUCCCACUACAAAGGGCGGUUCUACUACCUGAUCCACCCCUCCAAGCUGACCUAUGACGAGGCGGUCAGGGCGUGCCAGCAAGAUGGCGCUCAGAUCGCCAAAGUCGGCCAGAUGUACGCCGCCUGGAAGCUGCUGGGCUACGACCGCUGCGACGCCGGCUGGUUGGCCGACGGCAGCGUCCGUUACCCCGUGUCCCGCCCCCGCCGGCGCUGCAGCCCCACGGAGGCCGCCGUCCGGUUCAGCGGCUUCCCGGACAAGAAGCACAAGCUGUACGGAGCGUACUGCUUCAAGGGCCACAACUGA